AUGUUCUUUCCCGCCCAUUUUUCUGCGCCGUCCUUCUGGAACGACCUUCUGAAAUGGGACAACCCAGUGCCAAACAAGGUCUGUCCGGGACCUCGUCCAUCGAGUCAUCCCGCUCCAAUGCCCCCUACCGCUGCUUCUAUCACUGCCGCAGGGAACCCUCGAACGCCCUCGUCGUCACACCGGCGAAUCACCCGGUCAGAUAUCGUUCUCGCUCUCUUCCAGCGUUCAAAUUGUUUGUGUCGGCGGCACGUCUGCGACAGCAAACUCAAACCGCUUUACGUUCCAGCCAGCAUCGAUGUUGAGACCUCUCCACUCCUCUCACUGUUUUCGCGAACGACGAUAGAUUCCGAUCGGAUUCAGCAACCAACGCCGCAUCCGUCUAGCCCUUCCCGACAACAGAAUGUUCAACCCGUCGUCAGAUUUUUUGUGGAUUGUAAUGGAAUGCACAAUUUGACAGUGUUGCAUGACCUGUAUGUCAAUAACGCCUUGACUCAAGCCCUGCACAUACAGACGCCAAUUUUCGACGGGUCAAAUGUACAGCACCGCAAUUGGACGUAUCUGGCCACGGACCUUGAAAGCUUAACCUAA